GUUUAAUAAUCGAACUCGAAAAGGCGUACGAUGAUUUCUGUGUAGCAAAUGAAGAGUUUGAACUUCUCGUGUCAGAGGAAGAGAACAGUGAACAUCGUGUUGUGAACGGAGAGGAUAUUAGUGAGUAUAGAGACAAUGUUAAACAGUGUUAUAAUGAGGCUAGGGAAGUAUUCUUGGAACAAAAGGCUGCUGAGCGAGAAAUAAACAAAAACUUAGCAGUAGAACCAGCGAGAGUUGCCCUAAAGCUAGAUUCUAGUCGAAUAAGUGAGUUAAUCGAAACAGUUGAUAUAAAUAUUAAUUCUACCAGUCCAAAUAAACGAGCAUUGCAAUUAGACAAAGAAGAAUUGCAAGCAAUGUUAAAUGUGUUGUGUGGGAAAAUCUCUGAAUUGAGUUUGAUUGGGUCUUCAAAAUCAGAGCAAGAUAUUCAGUUACAUCUUGAGAUUGAUAAGAUUAUUGCACAAGGUUUUAAACAGGUUAGAUCCAUAAAUCUGUACCUAUGUGACUGUCAAAGUUCAAUCGAAAAGACUCCAUCACCCCCUAUUGUAAAUCAAGUAGAUACUGUGGGUGCAUCUGCUGCACUUCUUAAUGUAGAUAGUGCAACCUCUGGUAGCCCACCUGUGACCAAUCCCAGUAUUCAAAUUGACCACACCCCUACCAGCCCCUCCAAGGAAGGGACAGUGAGUGACAUCCCCCCACCUGCAGUUACAGAGACAGAUACUACCAUCAAUGUGUCUGCACCUGAAUUUGUACCUUCAACAAUGAAUGAUCCAGUGAGUAGUUCUGUAAUCAGUGCCCAGUCCACCUAUACAAAUACCAAUCCCCAUACCAUACCCCAAAGUGCAAGUACAUCACAGCAAACCUUUCCUAUUUUAUAUCAAUACCCAACCACCAGCACCAUGCACUACCCCCCUCCACAGAUCAAUCCAUCUACAGUCAACACACUCCACCACUUAAGUACCAGCACCGCCCCAAUCCACUUGUCCCCACCUGUCAAUCCCACAUCAAGUUUUCCACCAAAUUCGAUUGGCUUACACCAAUACCCAAGCAACACCCAACCCCACCUUGGUACAAGUAUGACCCAAGCAACAUUACAGCAAACUUUCAGUAACACCAAUCCAUACCACAACACCCCCCUACUACCACACCAUAGUAUGACCACAAGUCUUUACAACAAUGUACCUCCACAGAAUUUGGUAAGUUUACCAGAUACAAGUAUGUAUUUGAACAGUGUGUCCCCAAGCACUCCAACUACCAGCCCAUCAACAUGGAACCCACUCCAACUACCGGUGACUUAUUCUACUCCCAAUGCGAGCGAGACAUAUUUAGUCAACCCCAGCACAGUCCCAAUCCCCUCAAUCGGUCCACAACCUACACCUCACCCCAGUCCUAAUUCACUGGGUUUCAAUUCUCGGGUCCAGGUAAAGAAAAUGGUUUUGCCAACAUUCAGUGGUAACCGCAAAGAGUGGCCAGAGUUCAAAGCGAUUUGGAAAUCAGUCGCUGAGACAGCAUAUCAAAAUAAGACUGCUCUGGCUCAUGAGCUUAAAAGAUCGGUAAAGGGUGAGGCAAGUCGACGAAUAAGAUCAGUCUAUGUCACCAAACCGGAAGCAUACAAUGUCAUGUGGCAGAAGUUAGAAAGCUUCUACGAAGAUGUUGGUGCAAGUGUACAAGCUGCACUAGAAGAUUUACAUAAGAUUAAAGCCGUACCGACAGAUAAUUACAAAGGCUUGGUAGAACUUGUAGACGAAGUAGAAUCAGCGUAUAGUCAAUUGGAAGAGUUGGGAAACCUAAAUGUUUUGACGUUGAGAGAUGUUGAUUUAAUCACCGAACUGCUACCAUGUUAUUUGAAAGUAGAAUGGCGAAGAAGAUAUAGGGACAUCACGGCCAUUGAAAAGAUACACCCUUUCACCCCUUUCAUGCAUUUCCUCGAAGGCGAACGAGAAGCAGUCUCUCGAAUAGCCGAGUACCAGCCAAAGGGAAGGAGAAAUGAAUUUCCGAAAUAUGAGCGAAGAAAGCAACAUGUACAAGGUUAUCAUGCAGGAAAGCAAUCCUCCAAGAAGUAUUACAAGUGUGCCUAUCCAUCUCACAGAAAGGACAGUAUCAGUCAUACCACAUCAGAAUGCAAAGAGUUUCAGAAAUUACCGGUUAGCGGGAAAGAAGGAAAGUAUGAACUCUUAAAACAAAUUGAUGCUUGUUUCAAAUGCUUUGGAAACCAUAGAAGGCUAGACUGUCCCAAGAAAGUUCCCUGUCCAUGUGGAAGUGGUCAACAUCAUCAGUUACUCUGUGAAUCCAAGCGUCCAGAAGAAAGUAAGGGUACAGAUUUCGCACAGAAAGAAACCCACGUUUCUCGAUCGGAUUCAUUAUCCCUGUAUCCCAUCUACCAAACAGCAGUCUGUGGAAGCAACAAAACUGUAUCUGUUUUCUGUGAUGGAGGAUCAAAUGCCACCUACAUAACCCACCGGGCAGCUGAAAGAAUAAAAGCCAAGAAACUUGGAAAGAUCACCCUUGACGUAACCACCAUGGGAAAUGUUGAACAGACGUACCACACCCAGCAGUAUGAAUUCACCUUGCAGACAAACUCGGGUAAGAAGGUAAUCAUCACAGCUUAUGGAAUGGAAAGAAUUACUGGCCCAGUUAGCAAAUUGAACAGCGAAGUUUUGAAGAGUCUAUUCCCGGAAUAUGAUCCCGACUCACUCCAGAGAAAAUCAAACCAUGUUGACGUUCUUCUUGGAUUUGAUUACUUUGGAUUGCACCCUAAGCAUGAAGAAGCUCGGUGCGGAGAUAAUCUGAGUAUAAUGAGUGGAGAAUUAGGCGUCUGUCUUCAAGGUGCCCACCCAGAACUUGUCGAAGGAACUAAGCAUGAUUCAAAUCUCGCGAAAGUGAUUCAUGAAGUUAACGUUAAAGUGGAAACAUAUCAACUUCAUCUCGAGGAUCACCCUCAGUUCAACCUUAGUUCACCCUCACCACCCCCUUGUUCAGCUGAAGCAGAUCAGCCGUCCUACAACAUGACAAGUGGUGUUCAUCUGGCGAGAGAUAAACGACAAGAAAGUCAGGUUGGAAAUUUCAUUGAAGGCGAAGAGCUUGGCACUGAGACAAGCCCUCGUUGCGGCAGUUGUCGAUGUGGUAAAUGUCCUAUCCUUGGACAUACGUACUCGUUCAAAGAAGAGCAAGAACUUAAAAUUAUUCGUGAGAAUCUAGAGUAUGAUGAUUCCAACCAGUGUUGGAUAACCAGUUAUCCUUGGAUCGUGGAUCCACGUAACCUACCUGAUAACUAUAAUGUCGCCUUAGCAACCUUGGAGAAGACAGAGCGUACUGUUCAAAAGGAUGAACUUUGGGCAAAUACGUACAAAGAGCAAAUGAAUGAUUUGGUUCAUCGCAAAGUGGCACGUCCUCUCACGUCCUUGGAAAUCCAACAGUGGAAAGGUCCUAUUUUCUACAUAUCUCACUUGGCUGUGUUCAACCCCAAGUCAAAUUCGACGCCUGUUCGCAUCGUGUUUAACUCCAGUCAAGUCUACAAAGGAGUGUCUCUGAAUUCAUGUCUAGCAAAAGGACCUGAUUGUUAUAUGAAUAACCUGAUCGGAAUCCUGUUGCGUUGGCGAGAAGAAGCUGUGGCUUUGGUAGGUGACAUUAGGAAGAUGUUCAAUUCAGUCUACUUGAAAGAAUUGGAGAAACAUUGUCAUCGAUUUCUCUGGAGAGGACUUGAACUUGAUCGACCUCCUGACGUAUAUGUGAUGGAACGAGUUAAUAUGGGUGAUACCCCUGCGCCAGCCAUAAGUACGGAAGCAAUCUACAAGACGGCUGACCGAUUCAAAGACGACAGCCCUGAAGCAGCAGAGCUGUUGAAGAAAUCGAGCUAUGUGGACGAUCUGAUUGACUCGCGUCCGACCGUAAGUUGUGCCCUCAAAGUCGCAGAAGAAGCAGAGAAUAUGCUUGUAAAAGGCGGGUUCUCAGUGAAAUGCUGGCAGCUGAGUGGAGAAGAAAGUCCUCGAAAGACGGCUCGUGGAGUCAAUACCGAGGAGUUUGGCAAACCCCUGAACAUGCUAAAAGGAACCGAGUCCAAUUUGCGAGUUCUUGGUCUUGGAUGGGACCCUCGAAGUGAUUCCAUAUUGUACGAAGUCGUGUUAAACUUCAGCAAAAAGAAGCAUGGAGUGCGCACUGGCCCAAAUCUGAAUGCAGACGACCUCCCAAAAGCGUUGCCCGAGAUCCUGACGAAGCGAAUUGUACUAGAGCAGGUCAUGAAGAUCUACGAUCCUCUUGGUCUUGUAUGUCCUUUCACAUUACGUGCGAAAGUAUACUUACGUGAGGUUUGGUCACGGAAGCUUGACUGGGAUACCCCGCUCCCAGCUGACAUCACAGCCAAAUGGAUUCGAUUCUUCACGAUGUUAUUCCAACUCGAACAGUCUCGUUAUUCACGUUGCUUACGACCCAAAGAUGCUGUCGGUCGCCCAUGGCUUAUCAUUCUUAGCGAUGGAAGUGAUCUGGCGUACGGGUAUGCUGCGUAUAUCAGAUGGUCCUUGCUGAACGGGGAAUAUUGGUGUCGAUUGAUCAUGGCGAAAUGCAGAAUUGCUCCACUCAAUAAACUGUCCACGCCGCAAAUGGAGUUGAAUGCUGCAGUGUUGUCGAAACGAGGGAGAAAAGUGAUUGAGUUGGAGAUGCGAUUUGAUUUCGAAAGGGUAUUGCAAUUGGUCGAUUCCGAAACAGUCCUGAGCAUGAUCAAUAAAACCAGCACUCGCUUCAAGGUGUACGAAGGAGUUAGAAUUGGGGAAAUCCAAGCUGCUACCAACGGUGAUCUCUCCUGCUGGGCUUGGAUGUCUGGUGAGAAUAAUACGGCAGAUUGGCUUACGCGUGGUCGUAAUCCGGAUGAAUUGGCUGAAGAUUCUGAAUGGUGGAAUGGACCUCCUAUCCUGUAUCAACCCAUCGAGUUGUGGGGUUUAAAGUUUGGACUCCAAAAGAACGAAGCUCUUCCCGGAGAAAAGAAGAUCCGUUACUCUGCGACAGCUGCUUCUGAGAUCCCGGAUAUCGAUUACAAGAAGUCAAGUGACGUCGACAGGAUCAUAUGGAUGGUAGCUAGAAUUCUCAGCAUGGCCAGACACAAGUCAUUCCGUGGAGGAAGCACCUUACACAUCACGUUUCAACUGCUCAAAGAAGCUGAAGAUCUGGUGGUGAAAGAUGUACAGAAAGAGCUAAAGGAUGAAAUUGAGAAAACGGAUCAGAAGGGACGAAAGGGCGGUCGUUACGCGUCUUUGAAUCCUGGAAAGGAUGAACAUGGUUAUUACGUGGUCGGACAACGUUUGAAAAAUAAUAAUCCCAUGACCCCUGAUGCGUCGUUGCAAAAGUUGCUCCCAACCCACCACCCAGUAACGCGAUUGUUCAUGGAACGUGCUCAUAAGCAAUGCGUGCAUAGAGGACGUGAUUCCACUUUGGCUCGUUUUAGACAGAAGUAUUGGAUCGCGCAAGGAAGCAAGAUCGCGCAGACAGUCAAAAGCAAGUGUCAGUUGUGCAAGCUUCGUGAUGCAAUAUUGGAAGAACAAGAAAUAGGACGGUUGCCAGAAGCACGACUCAAACCAGCACCCCCGUUCACCUACACCAUGGUAGAUUUAUUCGGUCCAUAUGUUGUUCGCGGUGAAGUCCAGAAACGUACCAGUUGAAAAGCGUAUGGGGUCAUUUUCACCGACUUGGUGUCCCGAGCGGUUCAUAUUGAAGCAGUUUACGGUUAUGACACAAGUUCGUUUCUCCUGGCGCUCAGCCGAUUUGCAAGUAUUCGCGGAUGGCCUGAAUUCAUUUACAGUGAUCCUGGUUCACAGUUAAUCGGAGCAGAAAGAGAGCUUAAAGAAGCCUGGGAUAAGAUCGAUCGAAGCGAGUUACACAAGAGUGGUCUACAAAAUGGUCUAACGUGGAAAUUUGGAUCAGCAGAUAGUCCUUGGCAUCAAGGAGCAGUGGAGUCUCUUGUGAAAGCAGCCAAGAGAGCGAUUGUCUUUGCGGUUGGUAAACGUCGUCUUACGGUGCCCGAGUUCCUGACGGUGUGCUCUGAAGCUGCGAAUCUACUCAACGAAAGGCCAAUUGGAACAUUGCCUUCCCUCGAUUCUGAUCUAAACGUGUUUACUCCGAAUAGUCUCCUCUUAGGACGUUCGACAGCCAAGAAUCCUGGAGGAUGGCAACCUUUCACGCACAGCCAGAGUCCGAAGACGAGAUACAGCCUGGUGCAAACAGCCGUAGAAGAUUUCUGGGAAAAGUGGAUACAACUAUACGCCCCCUCUCUAGUUGUCCGUCGCAAAUGGCAUGUCAACACAAGAAAUUUACGUCCCGGUGACGUCGUUAUGCUCGCGGACAAGAUAAGAAUGUGAUGCGAGGAGAAUACCGUCUCGGAGUUGUUAAAGAAGUCUUUCCUGAUCAGGAUGGAAAAGUCCGUCGAGUUCUGGUAACGUACAAGAACUUUCGUGUUGGAAACCGUCAGCAAGAUUAUGGAAUCAGUGAAGCUGUUACUGUUUCUCGAAGCGUUCAGCGUUUGGCACUACUCGUACCCGUGGAAACAGAAGACGGAGACAAGGAAGAUGUUUGAAAAACGGAAACAUGGAACUAGGAUUAUUACGGACACGUAUAUUUUACAUUCUGUUGUUUUGUUAAAAGCGGUAUCGUAUCGACCCCAUCCUCCCGGUGUGUUGGUAUGAUUUCAGACGUUAUUAGAACUUUCGAUACGAUAACAGACUUACAUAAAGUACUGACUGAGAUAAGAGGCGAGCCCGCGGUAAAUAGGACGACAACGUGUAAACAACGUUUUGGUUUUUGGUUUUAAUACACCACAGUGUUUUACCGCUCAAAAGGCUUAAUAAUUCGACGAUAUUUGUAAAGAAAUAAAAGUUUAUACAUUGUUUAAGUACAUUAUCGUUUUCUUUGAGUAAUUAUGUUUGCAUGCGCGUUGAAAUACGUGGGUAUAUAGCGAU